AUGUACAGAAAAGAUAAAAGAACUGGGACCCACCCGGUCAAGGCAUCUUAUCGAGCAGUCAAAGACUUUCCCAAAUCCCGACUUCCCUCACCGGAGUCGCAGCAGGCAUUAGCCCUAGUUUUCUCGGUGCGUUGGCAGCAAAUGAAGCCAAAGUCUCAUUGCUUGAUCGUGUUCUCCGACCAGCACGUCCAAGCCUUGUCUUGCCCGUUGGUUGUUGGUCACCUCCACUCCAACAAAGCUCUGUUCUGUAAACUCUCCAAACGAUCACAAGUCAAACUAGUCUUCAACUUCAAAUCAAAAUAUUGCAGAUUUUGGAGUGAAAACUUCCCACCUCUUAGAUCUUUUCCUUUAUUCGCGAACCAGGGCAUUUAUCUUCACCGUUUCAAAAAAAAAUUGACGGUGUCCACUAGGUCUCGCGUGAAGAUGAUUCAAGAUCGGGAUGAGGAGGAGAACACCCAUUUGCAGAAUCAUCACCAAGUGAGGAAUCCACAUCACGGUUUGGAAGAAAGGAUGAAAGCUUUGACCCGGUUGUACGAAUGGCAGAAACAAUCAUCAAUUAAUUUCAUAAAUUCCUCUCCUAAACCAGACGCAAAUCUAUCCAAGUGUGGAUCUUUUGGCCAGAGCUAA